AUGGAACAAAUUCAUGCACACAUCAUCCAUUUGGAAUGGAAGAAGGCUGGAGCUGAGCUCGCCGAGUUUUUCCAGCUCAGCCAGCUCAGUCAGCUCUUGGACCCAGCUUAUCCAGCUCACUCAUCCAGCUCUCCAAACCAGAUCCCUCCGCUCUCGGACCCAGGUCACCCAGCUCGUCCAGCUCUUGGACACAGCUCACCCAGCUCACCCGGCUCUCGGACCCAGCUCACUCAGCUCUUGGACCCAGCUCAUCCAGCUCUCCGCUCCAGCUCACUCAGCUCAUCCAGCUCUCGGACUCAGUUGACUCAGCUCAGCCAGCUCAUCCAGCUCAUCCAGAUCUCGGACCUAGCUCAGCCAGCUCUUGGACCCAGCUCAUCCAGCUCACUCAGCUCAUCCAGCUCUUGGACCCAGCUCACCGGACUCAGUUCACUCAGCUCAUCCAGAUCUUGGACUCAGCUCACUCAGCUCACUCAGCUCUUGGAACUCAGCUCUCGGACCCCUCCAAUUCAGCUCAUCCAGCUCUCAGACUCAGCUCACUCAGCUAAUCCAGCUCUUGGACCCAGCUCACUCAGCUCAAUCAGCUCAUCCGUCUCUCCGACCCAGCUCACACACCUCACUCCGCUCUCAGACCCAGCUCACCCAGCUCAUCCAGCUCUCAGAACCAGCUCAUCCAGCUCUCAGAAUCAGCUCACUCAACUCAGCCAGCUCUCAAACCCAGCAGACUCAGCUCAUCCAGCUCUCAGAAUCAGCUCACUCAACUCAGCCAGCUCUCAAACCCAGCAGACUCAGCUCAUCCAGCUCUCAGAAUCAGCUCACUCAGUAACCCUCAGAACCAGCUCACUCACCUCAGCCAGCUCUCAAACCCAGCAGACUCAGCUCAUCCAGCUCUUGGAUCCAGCUCACUCAGCUUACCCGGCCCUCGGACCCACCUCAGUCAGCUCAUUGAACCAGCUCACUUCAGUCAUCUCUUGGACCCAGCUCUUCCAGCUCAGUUGCUCACUCAGCUCUGUCAACCCUGUCAACUCCCCAAGCCAGUCGGCCGGCUCUUGCCCCCCAGCUCAGUCAGCUCUGGGACCCAGCUCAUCCAGCUCAGUCAGCUCUUUCAGCCAGCUCCCUCAGCUCUCCAAGCCAGCUCAGUCCCCUCUUGGACCCAGCUCUGUCACCUCUUGGAGCUCAGUCAGCUCUGGGACCCAGCUCAGCCAGCUCAGUCAGCUCUGGGACCCAGCUCAGUCAGCUCUGGGGCCCAGCUCAGUCGGGUCAGUUAGUCAGCUCAGUUGGCCCAGUCAGUCAGGCCAGCUCUAUGGACCCAGCUCUGUCAGCUACCUCUGUCUGCUCCUGCAGUUGUUGGCCAAGUUAUAA